UGAUUCAUCAACUCAGAGGAACCGAAGCUCAGAUGGGGAACUGACAGCACAGGAGGAGCUGGAUUACUCGAACACGUCCAUCCACUCUUUAAGGAACUCCGAUAACAGUUUCUAUCUGGAAUAUAAACAACACCAGGCAUUACACCUUUGCCAGGAAUUACAAAAACGUUGUGACCCGUUGUUUACUCGCGGUGAAAGUGAAUGGAUACAAAGUUUUUCUCGAGGAAGUUUUUAGCCGACUGGCUAACGUACCAGCCGUGAAAUAUGAAGACUUCGGCUCCACAACAGAGUUACAGACUCAGUAUUUACUCGAAAUGAGCUCUCAUGAGAACUUUCUUUCGAUUAUUUAUUUCUCAGUCGAACAUAUGUGUUGCGCGGACAAGUUUGCGUAAUCUCUUAAGUGAAGGAAGAAUGGCAGAGGAACUGAAGACAUAGCUGUCCUACAGGAAAGAGGUUCUUCUGUGAACUUUAUUAACUUUUUUGCACCGCAAAGGAAGUGGUUCUUCCUUGAUAGGCUUGCUCUUGCAAUGCCAGACGGCCCUGCAUUGUGACGGCAUCCUCGUCGUCAUGCUGGCUCCUAGAGUGGACCAUAGAAAAAGAGGGGAGAAUGUCACCACAGGAGGACCAGGAGGGAAGACUGCGACAACAACACUCUCGCGAGAGCCUGGCGUCAACAUCAAGCAGAAAAUCUCCCAAUGGGAGGGACUCAGCCACCAGGAGGACGUCCGGAGUGGAAAAGUUCAGACCCAGCGGACUUUUGCGUCUCGUAGGCUUUCGGGGGACCUUCUUGGAAAUGGACUUGACUGCAAUGAAGGAGGUCGUAACAAAGUGACUGUAUCAAAAAGCCUGGGUUUGGAUUUCAGAGAAAACCACACGACUUUAAGACCGGUUACAGGUGAAAUCAAGUCACAUUUCCCAAGAAAUCACACGCAUUUGGAUAAAUUUGUAACAUCAACUCCUGCAACUAAGUCUUUAAGCACUGUAACCCAAGUCCAAGUGACGAAACUGAAUGUUAAAAGCAGUAAUUUUAAGUCAAACCAUUUCCCAGAUGCUGAAAUUGCAUCUCUACCUCAGUGUGUAGAUGAUCCAGAGGCGUUGCUGCCUCCAGGGAACUUUUACACCUCCAGGGGUUUCUGGAAACAACUGGAGGGAGAUGAAUCUUUCUGGGAGAGAGAGAAAGAUUCCUCAAUGGUGACUAAGUGUCUUGGUGAAAUGGGACCUUCUUCCCCCCCACCUAAACCACAGCGCACAUUCCAAUACAAGGGUGCGAGCAGUCCGCCCGGCCAACGGAUUCAAUUGGAGAACCAGAUUCCAUCCGUCGGUAAAUCGGAUCAAGUCCGGAAGCAUGACAUCGUAUUAAAGCCACCCAGCUGUCCACCUCCUCCUUGUCCAGUCAACACUUUCAAUGGCUUUUCCAGAAACAGAAAGAACAGGAAGUCGUUUGAGUUUGAGGAUGUGGUACGGCUGUCAGCCCAACAGGCCUCUAGAGUGAAGGAGGCCCGCCGGUCGGGUCUUUUCCACGCCCUGUCUGAAGACAGCAUCUAUGAGGACAUCAUCUCGGAUAUGCCAAAAGAGAACCCAUAUGAAGACAUCAAGCUUUCUUCCACGUGUUUACCUAUAAGACGGCCACGAAACUACACAGUUGGACAUAGAGAGAGCCCACAUCUCAAGCUCUCACCGAAGCCCUUCACACUAUUACCUAACGACGACAUGCUGCAUAAAAUGGGACGGGAACGCAAAGAAUCCGUAACGUCACCUUCACGUACCUUCACUACAAACACUCCUAAAGCAGCCAAACCUGCUACUGCAUACAAGACAAACCAUCAACCCCCGCUCGUAAACAGGAUCCAGGAGAUUUUUGAAGCCAAAAGAGGAAGGAAACGAGUAUGGGUGACGGCAACCAGAGAUGAAUUGAGUGGAACAGAGAGUGAUCCUGAGGAGAGCUCUAAAGAUCGAUCCCAUCGCACAGUGUAUGUUCAAUCAACCUUAAAAAGGCGUCCCGGUUACCGCACUUUAGAGAGGGACUUGAUCCAGCUUCAACAGCAGCAACUUUUUCAGCAAUUUGUUGUGGUGUCGCUUAGAAAAGGUUCCCCUGGAAACACGUACAUCCCUGAGAUUACACAACAGUUCCCUACGAAGUUUGAGAAGUCUUCUCGUCUGUCUCGUGAGGCCGAAGAUAGAUUGAGGGCAAUUCCUAAGUUUUGUUUUCCUGACUGUCAUGACUGGUGUCCAUCUUCGGACCACACCAGUGAAACGUUUUCUUUUGUCCUGACGGGGGAGGACGGGAGUCGUUUAUUCGGAUACUGCCGCAAAAUCCUGCCCGGUGGGAAGGGGAAGAGACUGCCUGAAGUUCACUGCAUCAUCAGCAGACUGGGCUGCUUCAAUCUGUUCUCUAAGAUCUUGGAGGAGGUAGAGAGGAGGAGAGAGAUUUCUCCUGCUUUGGUUCAUCCUUUCAUGCACAGUGUCAUGGAAGCUCCCUUCCCCGCUCCUGGACGCACCAUCACUGUCAAGAGCUUCCUGCCAGGCUCUGGCAAUGAGGUUCUGACGCUUUGCAGGCCGGUGGACUCUCGUUUGGAGCACGUGGACUUUGAGAGUUUGCUGCAGUGUCUCAGUGUGACCAGACUCCUGCAGGUCUUCGCUUCUCUGCUGCUGGAGAGGAGGGUGAUCUUCAUCGCAGACAAACUCAGUGUCUUAUCCCGAUGUGCUCACUCUGCUUUGGCACUACUGUAUCCCUUCACAUGGCAGCACACGUUUGUACCAGUGCUCCCUGUCAGCAUGCUGGACAUAUGCUGCUCUCCCACUCCUUUUGUAAUGGGGGCGCUGUCUCCAUCCCUGCCUCAGGUGCUGGAUAUGCCCAUCGAGGAGGUGCUUAUUGUGGAUUUGGGUGCUGACAAGUUUGUCGUUCAGCUUGGAGAUGAGGACUGUAUCUUACCUAGAAAGCUGCAGGCAGCGCUUCAGGAGAUACUGGAGAACAGGGAGGAGAUACUAGAACAAAACACAAGGGACAGAAAAGGAGAGAAGUCAGACCUGAGCACUUUGGUGUCAGAGGCGUUCGUGUGGUUCUUUGUUGAGCUGGUCGGACAUUAUUCUCUCAAUAUGAGCGACGUAGGACCCGGUGGGACCCGAGAGCUGCAGAGAGACGCUUUCAGGAAAUCUCAUCCUUCCCGAGGAGUGCGGCAGUUUCUUCAGCUCUUCAUGGACACGCAGAUGUUCGCAGGUUUCAUUCAUGACCGAGAGCUCAGAAAGGGAGGUGUUAAAGGGUUGUUUGAAGUGAGAGCUGCAGAUUAUUUGGAUUCAUAUCCUGAACCUGAACCCAGUGGAGUCAAUAAAUUUCUCAAGGGGCUUGGGAAUAAAAUGAAAUUUCUGCAGAAGAAAUAGAGAACGGUGUCAGACGCCAAGUAUGAGGGGCCACAUCUUUUUUUCUUCUUCUUCAAAAGCAUGUGAUGACUCAACCAGCAUGUCAGUUCCUCUCCCGUAGCGAACACUCGAGGGUGGUGAUGAGGUCAAGACUGCAAUCAGCUUGUUCUGCUCUGAAAAUUCUGAGAUUUGCCGCCCUAUCACAUAAGAGGAAAAGACUGGAAAUGAGUUUAUAAGCACAAGGAACAAAGGCAACUGAAUUAGAACAAAGAGGAAAGGGAGGAGCCUCUCGUGUUAUUGUCAUUUUGAUAGAUAAGGAAAAAACUGACUAUGAAUGCAUGAUAAACAAGGUUUGGGUUAAUGUCCAUUUCAGAUGUCUUACUUGAUUUUGUCUUUAAUGUAUUUUUUAUUAAGCCAGCCAGACAAUAAGGUAAGAUUAAGUUUUAAGCUUAAACCUCUUCCAAUUGGAAACUUAGCUUAAAAGAAAAUAUGAUGAAGGAUAUUCCCCUUUAAUAAUUAAUUUAUGAUUCCUCAUAUGUACAGAAAUGUCAAACAUUUAUGUUUUGGCCACAUUUGCUUUUUGCAAAAUAUCAAUACAGAUGUGUCAUUUUA